AUGGAUAUUAAAGCUGAAGAUAAAGUGGAAGAAGACACCUUACCCAUAGAAUUCGUAGAGAUGCAAAACGGCGGCCGAAAGGGCGACAAAUCGGCGGCGUUCUCUUGGCACCUGGCGGUUGCUGUCUUCGCUGCCGUUAUUGGUUCCGGUUUCCAACACGGCUACAACACAGGGGUCGUCAAUGCACCCCAACAGUUGAUAGAAACAUGGAUAUACGACGUCGUAACAAAUCGUUCAAAUUCGUCAAUAAACGGAGAUUUUGUCGGUUCAUCAGAAGUGACCGCCAUUUGGAGUCUGGCGGUGUCAAUGUUCUGCAUUGGCGGCAUGAUUGGAGGCGCAUUUACCGGAAUAAUCGCAGACAGGAUAGGAAGACGCGAUGGUCUCCUUUGGAACAACCUCUGGUUCCUGGGCGGUGCAGCAUUGCAAGCAUCAGCAAAAAUUCUGCACACUCCUGAAGUCCUUUGGGCAGGACGUCUGCUGUCAGGCAUAGGAUCAGGCUUAGGUGCCGGUUUGGCGCCUAUGUACCUGGCAGAGAUCGCUCCUGUUUCACUCAGAGGAGCUAUUGGAACCGUCUACCAGCUAGUGAUAACCCUAUCAAUCCUGAUCUCUCAAGCUUUGGGCCUCAGUGGAGCUUUAGGGUCUGAGGAUUUGUGGCCCUUGCUGCUAGGUUUCGGACUUCUACCAGCCCUGAUACAACUGUUGACGUUGCCUUGGUGUCCUGAAAGUCCUUCCAGGUUGGCGGCGAAGGGACGGAAGGUCGAGGCUGAAAAAGCUCUCUUAUGGCUAAGAGGCGACUCGACAACCUCAUCGGAACUGACGACUUUGACAACAAACAACCACAAGGAUUUGGACAAACCUGCAAACGACGUCGUCAAAACCACCAACGAACCACCAACUUUGAGCGUCUUCCGCCUCCUGAAAUCGCGCCUGACUUUGGUCCCUUUGAUGGUCACCUGUUGCGUAAUGUUGGCUCAACAAUUCAGCGGAAUCAACGCCGUCAUGUUCUACUCUACGAGCGUCUUCAGAUCUGCAGGACUCCGGGAAGGAGAACAGGCCAGAUAUGCCACCUUGGGUAUGGGUACGAUAAACGUCCUGGCCACCAUAGUGUCCCUGUUCCUGGUUGAGAAGUUAGGCAGACGUAUCCUCCUGCUGGCAGGUUUAGGAGGGAUGUGUAUAAAUUCUGUGGGUUUGACUGCAGCCUUGUACUUUGCCUCCGAAGAAAAUACAGUGGCGUCCAAUUGGGCGCCCGCGCUGUCGGUGCUUCUGGUGUUCUCCUAUGUGACACUUUUUGCAGCUGGCCCUGGAUCCAUACCAUGGUUUUUGGCUGGUGAAUUAUUCGACGACAAAAGCAGACCAUCAGCAACCACAGUAGCAGUUGUGGUCAACUGGGGGGCCAAUUUUAUAGUCGGACUUGGAUUUCUACCCCUACAAGAAGCUUUGGGCGCUUAUGUGUUUCUAGUCUUCGCAGGACUUUUGGCUUUGUUUGCUAUAUUUGUUUAUUUCAAAGUUCCUGAAACGAAAAACAAAACGCACGCAGAGAUACAAAGAUAUUUCACAAAACAAAAAUAAUAAUGGAUAAAUC